UGCGUGUCCCGGUGUUCUGUCACAGUCAUUGUUGUUGUAGUGGUGGUGUUGUGUAGGAGGUAUCAGGUCCCCGUGUUCUCUAGCAAUGCUCCGACUCCGCUGUAAAACCCGGGAGGGCAGCCAGCUCCUGCAAGGCCUGACCGCGCUCUCCAGUAUCCGGGAGCUGAAGGACAGCAUCGCCGGGGUUACUGGGAUUGUGGGCCCCCGGCAGCGGGUCAUGGUGGGCUUCCCCCCUGAAAACCUGGACCUCAGCAACGUGGAUGGCACCCUGGGAGAAUUGCCCAUCAAAUCCGGUGACACACUUAUUGUUGAAGAGGAUAAAAGUAAGCAAAAUACAGCACUUCCACCAGUCUCCAAGCCUCUAACCGGGAUCAAAAUGGAGCGUCGUGUCGUUCCAGCUGAUAACUCCUGUCUCUUCACCAGUGUUUACUAUGUUGUGGAAGGUGGCAUAUACGACCCCGCAUGUGCACAUGAAAUGCGCAAUCUUAUUGCUGAUAUUGUGUCCAGUGACCCAUCGAAUUACUGUGAGGCAGUGCUAGGUAAAACCAAUGAGGAAUAUUGUGCAUGGAUACGGAGAGGCGAUACAUGGGGUGGUGCCAUCGAAAUUUCCAUACUUUCCAAAUUUUUCCAGUGUGAAAUAUGUGUGGUCGAUACGCAAACUGUGAGGAUAGAUCGCUUUGGUGAAGAUGCUGGUUAUACUAAAAGGGUCAUGCUCAUCUAUGAUGGCAUUCACUACGAUCCAUUGCAACGACAAUUCCCUGAACGCGAUGUGCCCGCCAUGACAAUAUUUUCAACUAUGGAUGAUGAAGCACUAGUGCAGGCCCUGGAGCUGGCAGAUGAUGCAAGGAAAAAGAGACAGUUCACAGAUGUAAACAGAUUUGCUUUGCGCUGUAUGGUGUGUCAGAAAGGUUUAACUGGGCAGGCGGCUGCUAGAGAUCAUGCUAAGGAGACUGGACACACCAACUUUGGGGAGGUAUAAUCUCUUUUUGCUGACCAUGUUUAAAUUGGUUCAAACUACCUCAAAAAAUGCUGAACCAAGGUCGAAAAUAACAUGUUUCUUUCCAAAUGGCUCAGAGUGUCAUCUUUAAAGCUUAUAACACAGAAAACCUUAAAUCCAGUUGCCGACUUCACCACCAUUAGCCUCUAAGAACACAUUCAUUACAGUUGGGCUUAUCCACCCCUUUGGCAAAAAAGGGUUUAAUCCUGACUGUAUUCUUUGAUGCUGCAGUGUAAUAUAUUAUUUAUAUAUGAUCUAUUGUAGAGUAUUUAUUAAUGGAUAUGUUGGGCAAUAGUGCCCAGACAAUAUUUGCAUGAUUUGGUAUUUCAAUCAUUGAAUAUCACUCCCAAACUAUGUGCACAUAAUAAUCUCUUCAAUUGUCCUUCACCUGUAGAACUUUACUUUUUACUAAGUUAUAUAAAUGCCAAUACCAUCUGUAAAUGAAAGCGGUGCAUGUGAGAUUUGCCUCUGUAGAUUUGGUACACUGAUAAACAUUUUAUAAAUUUGGAAAUCCGUAUAAAAUACAUAGAAGUAGUACAAUAUAAAAUGUCAAGAAUUCAUAGUUAAUUAUACAUUUAACUCCACAAUAGCUGAAUUAGAAAAUUAUCAGCCAGUUAUGUUUCCAGUUUGGCUAUAUUGAAGCUUUGGUUUUUAUUCCCCAUAAUUAAUGUUUAGGGGGUACCUGUCACUUCUCUGGAAUUUACACCAUUGAAUAAGACUUCGAAAAUCCCUUAUAACUUUGUAUUAAGCUAUUUUUCAUGAGAUGAUCUAUUUUCUUUUAAUUUUAGAUCACAGAUUUAGCAAAUUGCAUCAUAAUCCAGUUUAAUUAGGCAAAGAUUACAAAUGAAGAAACAUAUAGAACAUUUUAAUUCCUAUACUGAAUUCCAGGUACAAAAUAGCUUAAAAUAGGAUUGACAGUGAUCUAAGAUGGAUCCACUUAGUUGUAGGAUAAAGAUCUACGGAAUUCUACAUAUAAUUAUUAAUUUUUUUUUUAUAUACGUAAAUUUAUUCUUAAAAUUACUGGGAAGUGGCAGUUCCUCUUUAAAUGAAUAACCAUGUCGGUUUCCUAACCUCAAUUUGUCAGGAAGCCUAUGCUAAAGUGUUUGUAGAAUAGCAUAUGGGGCUGACAUAAAUCAAACAUG